AAUGCGACCGAAAAAAAUUCAGUACAUGUUCUACUCGAAUCAAGUACGUGUGAAGUUUGCUAGAAAGUGUUUGUCCGUUCAGUAUAUUAAUAAUUUUUACGCGAAGUAGUGAAAAGUGAUACGUUCGUGUUGAAAGUUAAUUAUUUUAUUGAAGUGAUCAAACGAAAAACAGCGAUUACUAAUCAAAUUCGUCAAGAUUCGAUCAAUUUUUCAUUUGUAUGAGGUAGUUCUGUUUUAACACAAAAUGGGAAAAGACUUCUAUCAAAUACUAGGAAUCGCGCGAAACGCUUCAGACGACGAGAUCAAAAAAGCCUACCGUAAGCUCGCCCUAAAGUACCAUCCGGAUAAGAACAAAACGCCCGGAGCCGAGGAGAAAUUCAAAGAAGUAGCCGAAGCGUACGAAGUGCUCAGUGAUAAGAAGAAAAAAGACAUCUACGACAAAUACGGCGAAGAUGGUCUAAAAGGCAGCUCCGGCGGCGGUCCCGGUGCCGGCUCAGCCGGUCACGGUGGCUCGUACACGUACACUUUCCACGGCGAUCCGCGAGCCACAUUCGCUCAAUUCUUCGGCACCUCUAGUCCGUUUCAAGCCUUCUUCGAUAUGGGUGGCGGUACAGGAGGCACGAGGAUGUUCGGAUUCAGCGACGACGAUAUGGAAAUCGACGAUCCGUUCGCAUUGGGUGGCGGUUUCCGCGGCCCUGGCGGUGGCGCUUUCAGAUCUCAGUCGUUUAACGUGCACGGCUCUCCGAAUAAAUCCAAAGAUCGCGAACAAGAUCCGCCUAUCGAACACGAUCUGUACGUUUCGUUAGAGGAAAUCGAUAAAGGAUGCACGAAGAAAAUGAAGAUAUCCAGACGAGUACUGCAGCAAGACGGCAGCUUACGUAAAGAAGAUAAAGUGCUCACGAUAAACAUCAAACCGGGCUGGAAAGCUGGUACGAAGAUAACUUUCCAAAAAGAAGGAGAUCAGACGAGAAAUAAAAUUCCGGCCGAUAUUGUAUUUAUAAUCCGUGAUAAGCCACAUUCGUUAUUCAAACGCGAAGGCAGUGAUAUUAGAUAUACAGCUAAAAUAUUAUUAAAACAGGCAUUAUGCGGCACAAUCGUAAGCGUACCGACAUUAUCCGGAGAAAAAAUCCAACUGAAUUUACUAAACGAAGUAAUUAAACCAAAUACGGUCAAACGAAUCCAAGGCAAAGGAUUACCUUUCCCCAAAGAACCCAACAGAAGAGGCGAUCUACUAGUCAGUUUCGACAUCAAAUUCCCCGAUAGUUUAACGGCAAAUGUUAAAGAUAUUAUAUACGAUACACUGCCUAGCGAAUAUUGAGAAAAAUCAACGAUUCCAGUUCAGAAAAUAUUAAUUUAUCUGAAACAAGUUACGUGUAUUUUUUAUUUUUAUUUGUACUUAAUGUUUGUAUACAAAUUUUUGUACUACUUGAUAAGUUAUUUUCUUCUCGAUGAGCAUAAAUUCGAUCCCCCUUCUUUUUUCUUUUUCAAUGUUAUUACCCUCUCGAAUAAUUAGAGAUGUAAUUUAUGACUCGAAUAGUAUAUCAGAAUUUUUACAAUAAUUUUUUUUUUUAGAAACGUUAAGAUCGAAAAUUUUUUCAUCGUUUUAAAUCAAUCAAUUUCAGCUUAUUAGUUUUUAAAAUAUAAUAAGAUUUUUAGUGAAACGAACGAGUGAAAAAAUUUUCGACUUUUGUUUUUGUUAAAUAAUUUUUUUAAAUCAUCUUUCAAUUAUUAUAUUACCUAUCGUUGAAGUCUCUCUUAUGUCGUUAUCAUUUUUAUGUGUUGUGUUUUCCUAUAAAUAAUUUGUACAUAGAUAUAUCGCGCGAAGUCAUAAAUAUAUCGAACGAUUCGUCGCUGAAGAUUUUUCAUAAAUAGGGUACGUAACGCGGCUACGAAUCGAUUUCCUAAUAAUUAACGUUUUAAGUCGUGUAAAUUGCCUAAGUACCUAUUGUAAAUAUGUAUAGAUGAAUUUUGAUUAAAUCGUAUUUCUUUUUUUUUA